AUGGAAUACUACUCUUCUCUAGAUGCAUCCCAAUUGGACUCUGAAACCCCAACCCUCUUUGAGAUCAUCUCCGCUAAUCAAUUAGAAACACUUCUAUCUCCCUCUCUCCGCUAUGUCCUUGUGCAUUAUGCUCAGAAAUACCCAGGAAGGCUACUCAAGCUAGCAAAUAACUUUGAUGAGCUCAAUCUCGUGCUAAGGUCGAUUGUAGAGUGGUACUUUUUGAAGCAUUGGCAAGGCUCUUUCACUGAGAACUUCUACGGUCUAAAACGUGUCAGUCAGAUCCCAUUGUCUUUGCCUAAAUAUGCCGGGAGCAAAGUUGCACAAUUGGUUCCUUCGAUGAUAGAAGAACGCAGAAGACUCUCGCUUUUACAGAAGAUCGUGUCCAUUUUUGAGAUCACUGGGACCGCAUAUCUUCUGGAGAAACUAGGCUAUAAAUACGAACUUUUGUACUCGAAAUUCAUCACAAACCAACUCCAAGAGAGUGACAAUUUCACACCGCUGCAAAAUAGAACCAUUCGGUUCCAAAGAUUAUUCGUGAAGUUGUAUCCAUACUUGCAAACGAUAUGGCGCUUAUCCAACCUCGCCGCCACAAUCAUGUACUUGAGUGGCAAAACAAAAGCUCCUUCGUUCCUCUCAAUAUUAUUCAGGAUCAAUUACUCGCGCCUCAACUCUUACGACUACAGCCGUAACGAGCCAUCAGUCCCAUCCUCAAAGUCUCUGGUAAACAGAAAUAGGCCACUCAGCAAUACUGAACAAUUACUCUCGGUUUUGUCUAGGUAUUUGAUUAAGCCUACUGGGCUGACAAUUAAAUAUGGACUUGGAACAUUCUUCCCGUUGGCCAUUUUCACUUUGAAGUUCCUUGAAUGGUGGAACAAUUCUGAAUUUGCUCAGACCCUCGCAAAACUGCAGUCUCACUCAUUGGAAACUAUUGUUCCUCCACCAUCUGUUUUAUCUAUGCUUCGAACAUAUCAUGAGAAACCUAGCAAGAUAUACAAGAGUGGGAAUACAUGCCCUCUUUGUAAGGUGGAAAUUUCAAAUCCUGCGAUAAUCGAAACCGGCUACGUCUUUUGCUAUACUUGCAUACACAAUUAUUUGAGAGACUCGCAUAAAUUGGUAAAGGAUCUAGUCAAAAUGGAGAAAAACACUGAGUCCGAUGAUGAAGAUGAUGAGACAGAUCAAUCCGAAUCAGAGAAUGAUGAGUCUGCUUUCAACAACGAAAAAGCAGACACUACAGCGCUUAACGAGAAAAAAGAGAUUGAAGAGAGUGUUUCACCCGACCGUGAUUCCCCAAGCAACACUACGCCAAAAGUUUACACCUCUCCAGAAAUUUCCCGAGGCGGAAGAUGUCCUAUUACGGGUAAAAAACUUCUUGGAUGUAAGUGGAAUGAACUCAAGGGUGAAUUCGAUGUUGAUGGUGUUCGGCGGUUGAUCUUCUAA